UGAGACGCGCGCGUCACUCGUGCUCUGAAAAAAUGGAGAUAUCAUCAUCGGUAGUUGCAUUUGGUAUGGCGUUUCGGCAAUCACCACCAAUCUCAAUUUCAUCUUCUGCGUCAACAAGAACCUCCUCUACGGAGUUGUUACCUCACACUCUAACCAUCAAACUUCGAAACGCAAGAAAAGCAGCCACACUUGAACUUCACCAUGCUUCUGAUUUGCCUUCAACUCUUUCAAGGUUAGGAGAAAUGUUGACAGUUAAAGACCUAAAUGCAACUUUGCGCCACUUUGGAAAUUCAAACAGAUUUCACCAUGUCUCUCAGCUAUUUUUAUGGAUGCAAGAAAGCAACAAGCUUAAUGCCUCAUCUUAUUCCCAUUAUAUGAGGUUCAUGGCAAAUAAACUUGAUGCUGCUAAGAUGCUACAACUAUACGAUAGCAUUCAAGAUGAAUCAGCUAAAAACAAUGUCUAUAUAUGUAAUUCUGUUCUUGGUUGUCUAAUUAAGAAAGGCAAGUUCGAUAUAGCCAUAAAAAUGUUUCAGCGGAUGAAAGAAGAUGGUCUUGUCCCCGAUGUUGUUACCUAUAGCACGCUUCUUGCAGGUUGCAAUAAAAUAAAAGAUGGAUAUCCUAAGGCGCUAGAGCUAAUUCAGGAAUUGCAACGUGAUAAAACUCAGAUGGAUGGUGUAAUUUAUGGGGCAAUUCUGGCUGUGUGUGCUUCCAAUAGCAAAUGGGAAGAAGCAGAAAACUUUUUUAAGCAGAUGAAGGAUGAAGGUCACUCGCCUAAUGUUUAUCACUAUAGCUCUUUGCUCAAUGCUUAUUCAGCAUGUGGAAACUACAAUAAAGCUGAUACGUUAAUUCAAGAUAUGAAAUCUGAAGGGUUAGUACCUAACAAGGUCUUUUUAACAACCUUACUGAAGGUAUAUGUUAGGGGAGGUUUGUUUGAGAAGUCAAGAGAAUUAUUAGCCGAACUGAAAGCUUUGGGCUAUGCUGAAGAUGAGAUGCCAUACUGUGUGCUCAUGGAUGGCCUUGCUAAGGCAGGACAAAUGCACGAAGCCAAAAUAAUUUUUGAUGAUAUGAUGAAAAACCAUGUCAGAUCUGAUGGCUAUGCUCACAGUAUCAUGAUAUCAGCAUUUUGCCGAGCCAAGCUUUUUGGGGAGGCAAAGCAGCUGGCCAAGAAUUUUGAAACUACCUUUAACAAAUAUGACUUGGUUAUAUUGAAUACAAUGCUCUGUGCUUUCUGCAGAGCAGGUGAAAUGGAAAGUGUGAUGGAAACACUAAAAAGGAUGGAUGAAUUGGCAAUCAGUCCUGAUUACCAUACCUUCCAUAUUCUAAUAAAAUAUUUCUGUAGUGAAAAAAUGUAUCUACUAGCUUAUCGAACCAUGGAGGACAUGCAUAGUAAAGGCUAUCAACCGGUGGAGGAGCUCUGUUCCUCUUUAAUAUUCCACUUAGGUCAGGUAAAUGCUCAUUCUGAGGCAUUUUCUGUUUACAAUAUGUUGAAAUAUAGCAAGAGAACAAUGUGCAAGGAACUUCAUGAGAAGAUUCUGCGCAUUCUCCUAGCAGGAAAGCUUUUGAAAGAUGCAUAUGUAGUAGUCAAGGAUAAUGCAACAUUUAUUUCUCGUCCUGCCAUAAAAAAAUUUGCAAGUGCAUUUAUGAAGUCGGGUAACAUCAACUUGAUAAAUGAUGUUAUGAAGGCCCUUCAUAAUUGUGGCUACAAGAUUGAUCAGGAUUUAUUUGAGAUGGCUGUAUCACGCUAUUUAGGUCAGCCUGAAAAGAAGGACUUGCUUCUACACUUACUGCAAUGGAUGCCAGGUCAAGGUUACAUGGUUGAUUCAUCAACAAGGAAUCUUAUCCUCAAGAAUUCACACUUAUUUGGUCGGCAGCUCAUUGCUGAGGUUUUGUCCAAGCAACAAGUCAAGUCAAAAGCACUAAAGUUGAUGCGAUAAUGCUAGAUAACCUUUCUUGCAUUUGUGCUGAUAAUUUUGAUGCUCCUUGGUCUUCAAGCUCUAUAUGGUACCCUGCAUCCUACAUUGCAUUUUUUUCCUUAAAUUUUUCAGUUGAGUUGUUGUCAACAACGUGUAUACACCUAAAUUCUAAUGUUGUGGAUUGACCAGUGUAUAUAAACAGAUGCAAAUGUAUAUUGUCGAAAAGUUA